AUGCCACUUCAACACUUCCCUCAUUCCGAUGACCAUACAUUCCUCCAGUUCUGUUGCCAGGACGUAUCAAAGUCGCAUGCAGCAGCAGGGCAAUGGGUGCAUAGAUCAGGAAGUGGUAGCAGGCGUGUUCAGUGGGGGAAUGGUGAUAGCAUGGACAGUGAUGAGCAGGGAUUGGCAGAAAAAUGGGUAGCGGCAGACAAGACAUCAUGUCUCGAUCGGAAGAACAAGCGGUGUCAAAACACAGACAGACAGCCAGCAAAUGCAGCUAGCAUCGGCAGCCUACAGGGUAAUUUUCAGAGAUUACACUCAAGUCACCCAACUGGCAAGGCAGGCGAGGGGGGAAUGGCAAAAGACGGUGGAACAACCGGCAGUGACAGUGCUGACACACAGACAGCGGACAGUGGAAAGUGGACAGUGGCAACGGCAGGGGGGACUGCAGAGAAUGGCACAGGCAGCGCUUUGAGCAACACAACAAUACUUCCCAUGCCCAUGCCUAUAGCGUACAGCGAGUACGGCUCACAGGCGAUCAUACAGCAAGUACGACACAGAUACGAGCAGGGUGAUGACCGACAGCGCCGGUGCAGUGUGCAUGACGAUGGGGAUGUGUGGGGUUUUGCAAAGUUUCAACAGAGACUGCAUGAUACGUUGGUCGCACACAAUUCACAGACAUGGGGCAUAGCAGUGCAGCGCAGUGCAGCAACAGUGCAAGCAGCAUGUGUCAAAUGGUUGCAGGCGGCGUCAGCGUGGAUACACAGCACACGGAGGGGGGUGGGCAGCAACACUGGGAAUGGCAGCAUGCUCAGCUUCCGAAGUGAUGGAGCAGAUGGAGUGCCGCACACGGAGAACAUGGGGAUCGGUGCCACAGUCAACCCCAUACAGGCAGUGGCAGUAGUGCGCGAUGGGGUAGGCAGCGGUUGCCUUAUCAGGAAGGUAUGGUGGGUGAGAAUGCUCGCAUCAGGAGGCACUCCGGACGCCAUCUAUGGGGGUGGUUCAGUUCUGAAUGUCGCAACGGGGGGUCCUUUGUUUGCUUCGCUCAUAACUCCUGAAGUAGUCAGCCGUUCGCCUCUACACUCAGGAAAAGCGCCAUUCGGUAGUGGUGCGUGGCAGGGUGUGCGGAAAGAGCAGGACAACUUCAGUAGCGCACAGGCAGUUGCGGCAACAGGGAUGGGACAUGGUUGGCAAGGAGCAGAGAGGGUGAGCAGCAGGGCAAGGGGGGGUUCACCUCAGCGUGGCAAGGCAGCCCAAGUGCUGGGUACAUCGGAUCACAAGCAGCCACCCCUGCGCAGGACGGGUGGAAGGGUCCAAUUACAGGGCGGUUCCAAUGGCAGGGCAGUUCCAGCAGCAGGAUGGCCAACGAGUGGCAGUGGCAAACAAGCGGGAGAUGGUGAUGUUGGAGUGGGGUCGGUUGGCACGUAA